AAUGAUAUAUCAUUUAUACUAUAAUUAAAUGUGCAAUAAUGCACAACUCUUCCAAGGCUCCAACACAGAAUAGUAAACCUCCACUAGCUAAUUGCUCGCAACGGUAUGAGUGCUUUUUGACCAUAUUUGGUAAACUUUGUUAUUUAAACAAUAACAAAACUCAUUGCUGACUAAGCGGCGAAAGUGGAUUGCAGCAAAGUCCAUCGACAAUCACCACACAAUCACAGAAUAGCGUUCGAAAUGGAUACAACGACGGUGCCGAGGGCGUCUGCUCGUAUGAUGACACCGGAAGAGCUGGUGAUGCAGUCGCUCACCAAACAAAUCUUCAAAUCGCGACUUUUUCGCGGCCACUACCUGGGACGCUAUUUCGUGGAGCAGAUCGGGGAUUAUAGAGACGUUAUUGCCUUGCAACGCAGCGAACGGGAACUGGAGAAACUUCUGAUCAGAGAUGCAGGCCAACUGCAAAUGUUUUACCAGCGCUGUGUGCCCAAUAUGUGGGUGGGCAUAUCAUAUGGUAGUCUGGGAAACUACAAGCACAUACCACAUCCUGCCCAACUAGAGACCUGCAUUUGGGCAGAGCUGAACGACUUGGCCCUUGGUGAAUAUUGGUUUAGUAUCAAAACGCUGCGGUUUCGGGAUCAGGAAGUGCUGCUAAAGCUCAAGACUGUAAGAGCUGUUGAGCCAGAGCCAAUGGCAACGCCGAGAAGAUCCGUCUCGAUAAACAGGACAACGGCAAGCAAUACCAUAACAGCAGCAGGCGAGAGUUCGACCACAGAGAGCCAGGUGACCGAUCAACCCCCUCCACUUGGUUUGGCCGACUUCUUGGAAGUGCUGCGGCAGUGGGGUGAAGGCAUCAAACAGACCACCUACGACUUUAUGGCGAACGAUGUAAACAAGCACAACAUCAUGGGCACAAUACGCUUCCUGGGUCUGCUCCUAUUCUCAAUAGGAGGCGGAGCCAUUGCUGCCUUGCGGUUCUUGGGAAUCUUCGCCGUGAGAUUCCUCUUUGAGCUAAGUCGGCUAUCACACGCCCUCACGCCCAUUCUGCUCCAAAUCCUGCAAUUUUUGAACAAUAUUGUGGGUGGCGUUUUUAUAUUGUUCACCAUGAUAUGGAAGGAUAUCAUAACCCGUGGUCAACCGCCAACCCCUAAGCAGCCGCUGGAAGGAAGUACACGCUUCAAAAGCAUCACCUACGAUCGUAGCGAUAGACGCCGUUGGCGAUGAUCCUCCAGCAAAAGUGGAAUGGCCUAGCAUGUCUUGUAUUUAAUAUAAUAUAUAAGGUGAACGAGAAUUAAAUUGUAAUUGUGUUACUAGCGUUAAGCAACCUGAAACCCCACUCAGAUCGAUCCGAUUAUGUAGAAAUUUGUUUCCAGAUUGUAAGCCAAAAAUGCAAUGCAUAUAUUAAAUUAUUCGAAAAUCUUUUGAA